UUACCUCUGCUUUUCACUUUCUAGAAUACUGGUUUCAAUAAUUGUGUUAUGAAUUUAUGAUUCCAUUAAAGUCAGUUUGUGAAUUUUGAAUCAAGUUUCAACACUUUUCGUCCCGUGUUUAAGUGAUUAACAUCAGUAUCUUGAUUUGUCCAUUUCCGAUGGAGCCAAAGAUCUGUCCAUUUCCGAUGGAGUCAAAAAUUCAUUUGUUUUUGGUUGUGGAAUGUAGUGGACUAAAUCAAAAUGGCUCUUAAAACCUCUUCGCUUUCUUUCCAUAAAGUAGAAGAUGGUCGUCCCGUUAUCGCUUUUGGGUCAAUUGGAAACAACCUCUCUGCAAUUGCAGGGGUAAGGUUGCGUACACCCGACCCCCCUUACCCCGCUUUUUGCGGGAGCCUCUUUGAGGCAAUGGGGUAAGAUAAUGAUGAUUUUGAUCAAAGAUUAAGGAAAACUUAAGGAUUUGCGGCCUACUUUCUAUCCAUCGAAAAAGAGCCACGAAGGUCGGUAGGUACUAAGACAAUGACUGAUGCUCGAUUAAAGACAGCAUCAUUUGUUUCUAUCAGUUGUCAAAUUCAAACUUAAGACUUCUGUGUUCACAUUUUGAUGUUAGUCUAUGAUUUCUCAGUCAAACAAUUGGAACUGAACAUACAAUAAUUACAUUAAAACAACAAAUCAUGGCCAGUUGGUUACUAAUCACAAUUUUAUAACGAAAUUGGAGUUCAAUUCCUGCACAACUUCGCACAGAAACAUGUCAGGUGAAAGUAUCUACAGGGAGUUCAGUUUCGAUACUUACUCACACGAAGGUGAUCGCUUUGUGUAUCCACCACCAGACCCACCAUCGCCGCCAUCUGAAGUGCAAACUUCAGAAGAAGAGUUUGACGUAAUAGGCAACGACGAAUUCAUACAAUCAAGCAUAACAAUAAGACUAUACCAAGCUGCAUUAACCGGUGAUUGGGAAGCCGUAAAGAGUAUUUGGACAGAAGAUAACGCGUGGAUCAGUACAAGGAUUACAAAGGGAGGCGAGACAGUCCUUCACAUAGCAGCAGCAGCCAAACAUCUGCAUCUUGUUAAGGAGCUAGUUAAGGUUAUGAAUGAUGAUUCUCUGGCUUUGACCAACAGAGUUGGGAACACUGCGCUUUGCUUCGCUGCUGUUUCUGGUGUUGUUGAGAUUGCGAGAGUAAUGGUAAACAAAAGCAGAACAUUGCCAAACAUUAGAGGCAGUCAAGAAAUGACUCCACUUCUUAUGGCAGUGUUGUUGGGUCAUCAGGAUAUGGUCUGGUACCUUAUGUCAGUGACUGAUUAUAACUUGUUGACAGCUGAAGAUGGGAUUGAGCUACUCAUCGGCGCUAUUGAUACCUAUUUAUUUGACGUAGCAUUGCAUAUUCUACGCAACAAUAGAAAUUUGGCUACUUUCCGCGGCAGAAAGAAGGAGACCGCGUUGCAUGCAUUGGCACGAAAACCUCCAAGGGUCGAUAGAUAUCAGCUAAGCACAUGGCAGAGGUUAAAAAUCCAAGGUUGUAGCAGAAAUGAUGCAGAGGCAGAAGUGGUGCUGGAACUAGCACAAACACUUUGGGAUGAAAUCAUAAAACUGAAGCACGCGGAUAUAUCUAAAUUGAUUUGUUUUCCAUGGCGAUUAUUAUUUGUUGCCGCAAAAUUGGGAAAAGUUGAAUUUCUUAUGGUGCUCAUAAAAUCGUAUCCUGAUAUACUUUGGAAAGUGGAUGAAAAUAGAUACAGCAUUUUUCACAUUGCUGUAAUUUAUCGCCAUGAAGAGAUCUUCAAGCUAAUACAUGAGAUAGGAGCGAUCAAGGAUUUAAUAGCUACUUACAAAGAUGACCAUGGAAAUAAUAUGCUCCAUUUGGCGAGCAAGUUGGCGCCUCCCAACCGGCUUAACUGCGUAUCAGGAGCAGCAUUACAGAUGCAGCGCGAGUUACUAUGGUUUGAGGCAGUGAAAAAGAUAGUAAGGCCAGAGUACACUGAAGCUGAAAACAAGGACCAUAAAACACCUCAAACCUUAUUCAGCGAAGAGCACGAAGGACUAAGGAUUAAAGGGGAACAAUGGAUGAAGAAGACAGCCGAAUCAUGCGCUUUCGUUGCAACUCUAAUAGCCACAGUAGUCUUCUCAGCUGCCUUCCAACUACCAGGAGGCAACAACAGCGAAACAGGAAGUCCCGUCUUAGUUAACAGAUCAUCCUUUGUGGUUUUCGCCAUGUCAAAUGCCAUAUCGUUGUUCACUUCUACAGCUUCGAUACUGAUGUUUCUGUCAAUCCUCACUUCUCGAUAUGCAGAGAGAGAUUUCCUCGUAUCGUUGCCAUUGAAGCUCAUGUGGGGUCUCAUCUUGUUGCUUAUCUCAAUAGCAACCAUGAUUGUAGCCUUUACUGCUACUUUCUUCAUCACUUUCCAGAAGCGUAUUAUCAGAUGGGCUCCUACCAUUCCUGUUGCUCUAAUCGCCUCAGUACCUGUUAUGCUUUUCGCCUUCCAACAGUUCCCGCUUCUGGUGGACAUUUAUUACUCGACGUACAAAUCUCAGUCCAUUUUUCAACUCUGUAAACCAAAGCUGUUUGUGCUUCAACACAAGAUCUUCUCCCACCAUGGAAAUGUGGAUUCGAAAUCGCCAAAGAUUGAUAUCCCUUUUACAAUCCUUGGUUCUGAAGCUUCUGUGGGUCAUAUAUUGAAAUAUGCUCGGGAUUCUUUUUCGUGGCGUCGAGCAGCCUCGUUCAUAGUUGAUCCUGAAGCCUCUGACACGCCUUCGUUUAGUUCCUGGAGGGUUAGAUAGUUACCAAAGUACUUCCUCCGUUCCUAAAAGAUUGUCCCAGAUUCCUUUUCGGUCUGUCCCUUUGAGUUUACCCCAUGCCAUUUAUAGGGUGUGGUCCUAUAUUUUUCCUCUCACAUUCUAUUAUUUACAUAAGCAAAAAGACAAAACACUCAACCUGCAUGCUUUCAUUUUGCAUUCUAUCUUAAUAAAGUGAAAAAUAUGGUAUGUGGAAUCUUUUAGGGAUGGAGGGAGUAGUGGUUUCGAGUUUUGAUCAAA